GCCUUCGGCCACCUUUCUGAGCCGCCUCGGCCGCAUCCCCGGCGGGAACCACCCAUCUUCCACUUCCUACCAGUAAUAAUCUGAUACCCUCAGGUGCUGAUAGAUAUAGCAAUUAUCGUUGAUAAAAUAAUCCAGAAGUGGGGAGAAAGUGGAUAUGGAAACGGAAAUGGAACUCAAAAAUCGAAAUGGCAGAGAAGGGGGAGCAGAAGUAGUAUUAAAUCUUCAACCACAUUCCUCGAUCUCUAUUGCUUAUCAUCCGUUAUUUGGUCCUCACGAUGACCUAGUGCUCCUUGAGCUCGAUGAGAAGCUCAUUCCUGAUAUCCUCCAAGAAAGAGUUACAUUAAGAGGGCAACCUAAUGAAGAUGCAGUUCUUUGUACUUCAUCAAAAACAUAUGCUGUAAAGUUUGUUGGGACGUCGAACUCUGUAUUUCUUAUGCCUCCUUCAGACCAAUUUGCUUCACGUGAAAAUGUGCAAGAUUGCGAUGAGAAAGAUAGUGGGAAGAUGAUGGUUGCUUCUGUUCUUAAAGUUGCACCUGGUAAUAUGGAGCUUGUUGAAGUGGCUCCUAGAUUAGAUAAGCUUAAAUUGCUUCUUUCUGAAAAUCCGUACAGUUUUUAUGAGGCUUCUCAAAUGGAAGAUUCUGAAGGAACGGAGAAAAUUGAUUUUGGCUUAUACAGAUGGGAGGAUCUUGUUGACAGGAUUCAAGCUAGUGACUCAGAACUUAGAUCUGAAUUAGAAGCUCUUUUUGCUGUGGAGGUCAACGGGUUUUGGAGAAUCUUGGAUGAGGAUUAUAAGGAUGGGCUUCUGAACAUGCUUUUGCACAAUUCGGUACUGAAUGAUUGGUCUUUUGAUGCACUUAGUGAAGAUGAUGUUGUGGCUGUGUUGGUAGCAGAUGGAUUUCCUUGCAAUAUCGCAAGGCACUGUUUGCAAAUCUAUGGUCAUAGGGUGGACGGGGGAAUUGGUGGUUCUUGUACUUGGAGAUUGGAUGAAACACGGGUCUGCGUGCAUUUUGCUAGAAGAAUCUUGAGAGGAGGAAAAAUGAGGUUAGAAAAUUUCAUGGAGGAGUGGAUGAAAAAGGUUCCAGAAGGGAUGCAUGCAAGAUUUGACAUGCUAGAAGGGGAGAUUUUAACUGAAAAGCUUGCUAUCGAGACUUGGAUCUAUGCAUUUAGUGUAUCUUCUCUGCCAUCUACACCUGCUGAGCGUUUUUCCAUUCUUUUUCAGGAGCGGCCAAAGUGGGAGUGGAAGGACCUUGAUCCAUAUGUCAGGGAUCUAAAAGUGCCUGGACUUUCUUCAGAAAGUUUACUUCUCAAAUACACCCGCAGAACUCAGCCAACCCUAGAUGCGGAACCUAUUUUUACUGCAAGAUAAUCUCGGCAUUUGGUGCAAUUGUUGUGACGGUUAUGCAGGUUUCUAUGCUAUAUAGAUUUACCUGUUAACGUGAACAUGAGAAUAGAUGUUGUCAGGUUUAUCUUGCUUCUUAAAAUUUGCCAUACUUAUUACAUGUUUGAUCUACACAAUAAUACCUCAUUU